CACAGUUUAGAGUCACCAGUCUGGAGGAUCUGUGGACAAAAGGAGUGACAAAAGCAAGAGGAGAGAAAGCAUCUGAAAAAGCUCCACCCCAGUCGAGUUGGUGUCCUGUGCACCGGGCUGAAGAUGGUGUGCCAGUGCUGGUUGUUGGUGGCGGUGAUGGCAUUUGUGUGCAUCCCCGGGUUUGAGUCAGUAUGCUGGGACAACUCCAUCUGCAAGGACCUGAGCAACAAGGCGAGGAUACUGGACUGUGUUCACCUCUGCAUGUCUGUGAUCCAGACUGAAAUCCCAGAGCUCAGUGCAUUGGCCCUGAAAGUUGACAGUGAUGCUGAUGCUGGUGAUGGUGGUGGUGAUGAUUAUGAUGAUGACCUCUUACUCAGCGUUAUUCUAGCCACACUGGCUUCCCGUGACAAAAUAUCCGAGUCAGAUCUGAAAGCCCGCAGCGACGAGCGGCGCUCCUACAGAAUGGAGCACUUCCGCUGGGGCAAACCAGCAGGACUUAAGAUGCGAGAGCCAAAGCUGAAGGCCCGCAGUGACGAGAGACGCUCCUAUUCAAUGGAGCACUUCCGCUGGGGGAAGCCCUCGGGCCGUAAACGCCGACCUGUUAAAGUCUUUGCCUCUUCUCUGGAAGGAGGAAGCUCCUCUGAGGGCCGUUUUCCCUUUCAGGCUCGCAGACAGCUGAGCAGUAGCGAAGAUGAAGCGGAGGGGGACAUUGAUGGAGGAAGUAAUGAAAAUCAGGGAUUGCUGAGGGCCAGGGACAGCUCCAAAUCACAAAGCCCCUUGAGCUUGCAGGAGAGGAAAGAUAGGACCUAUAAGAUGAGUCACUUCAGAUGGGGCAGCCCACCUGCAUCCAAACGUAACGGCGGCUUUAUGAAGCCGUGGGAGGAGAAACCUCAGGGGCAGCUGGCCAAGUUCUUCAGGAACAUUUUAAAGAUGUGAAGAGAAUAAUGGGAUAAAUGGAAGAUUCAGCAGGGGAGGCGGAUAGGUCAGAGAGUCAAAUAGCCAUUGCAUGUUAGUAACCACAUGUCUUAAUUUUAAAUUACACAAACUCGUUGCUAUCUUUUAGCAUGUUAUUGAAUGUCUUUCACUGACGCACCCACUGACUGCCUUCAACUUCUUGGCCUCGAAUCCAAAGCAUUCUGAGAGCAUACUCAUCUUAACUUUAUGAAGAAUCAAGCUGAACAGUGACCUUCACAGCGAGGUCAAAGGUGACUGUAAGGAAAUAAAUUAUUGAGACAGUUUUUAAAAAGUCAUGUCUUUAUGUAA